CACACACACACACACACACACACACACACACACACACACACACACACACACACACACGGACAGAUUUAUACAACAGCGUCACCGUGGAGUCUCGUGCUCGUGCUCUCGCUCUCGCACCGCAUCACGUGACCAGAGCAGGCCAACAUGGCGGCGGACGCGGAGGCCACCAAGUCUCUGAGCGGUUUGCUGAACGGAAUCGCCCAGAAAGUUUAUUACAACAACGAGGAAAUCACGGAGGAGCUGCUGAAGAGUGAGCUGUACCCCGAGCUGAGCCAGGACGAGUUCACGGCGCUGCAUGAGAAGAUGAAGGCGCUGCUGAAGUCCAUCGCCACGGCAGACAUGGACCACGGCCAGCUGGACGCCUUCCUCACCGCUCAGACCAGGAAGCAGGGCGGUGGGGGGGUGAGCGCCGAGCAGGCCGCCGCCUUGUCCCGCUUCUGGAAGAGCCAGCGGGUCCGGGUGAGGGAGAGCCUGCUGGCCCAGAGCCGCUGGGAGCCCGGCCUCAGGGGUCUGUCCUGGAGGGUGGACCUCCAGACGGCGGCGAGCCGUGGCGGGACGGCGAGCCACGGCGGGCCGGUGGCCCUCAUGGAGCUGGAGCUGGGCCGGGCGGGACAGGAGUCUGAGUUUGUGUGUCUGGAGUUCGAUGAAGCCAAAGUGAACCAGGUGCUGAAGAAGAUGGCCGACAUCCAGGAGAGCAUCGACAGCAUCGUUCACCGCACUUGAGACUCUGUGUGUGUGUGUGUGUUUCAGAGAGUGUUUGUGUGUGUGUGUGUGUGUCUAAGUUUAUCCGGGGACAGUAUAGAGCGCCGGUGCGGUUUCUCAGUCUGAGAGGCGUCUGUCCUCUGAGUGACUCCGUCUCUCUUCCUGCACUCGGCUGGUUUCCUGUUUGCCGCACCAUCUGGCCUGUUUCCUCUCGCUCUCCCGCGUCGGACGGAGACACACAAACUGUUCGCCGAAGCCUUAAAGGCGUUCAGGAACCAGCCUGAGCUCCGCCGGAUCCACCACAGCCCCCGUGCCUCCCGUCAAGCUCACAGAGGCCAAACUGUUAGAAUACAUUCCCAGUUAUAUACGUAUAUACAUAAAUAUAUAUAUAUAUAUAUACAUGUGUUUGUUAUUUGACCAGCUACAUUUGGAUUUGUUCGCAUUUCCUCUUGAAGAAUCUGAGCUUUUUGAACGCAUCAAACUCCAAAUGUGGGACUGUUUUAUUUCUGUGUUUGGUCGAUAAUGAGUUUUUUUUUUUUUUUUGAAUAUCUGAUGCACUAUAAAAACAAUCUCAAUGCUUACAAUUUAUUUACUCUUAAAAAUUGAGUUUUUCUUAAGGCAGAAU